GGAACGAGCAAGAGAGAGAGAGGGAGGGACAGAGAGAAUGUGUGUUUGUACUUGGGCUGAAGUAAAGCAGGAUUUAAAACACAAGAUGGCUUCCUGAAUGGAUUGGAGCAAAGACGAGAGAGAGAGUGAUAGUAGGGGUUAGACGAGAGGAAGCUUGAGUCUUCUGAUGGGGAUUCGGCCAGCCGACGGAGAGAGAGAGAAGCACACCAAGGCAGAUUGGCUCACUGGGUGGGACAUAUUGAGGACAACAGUAAAGCCUGGUUUGUAAAGGCCAAUCUGGCGACAGAGACUGUUUCGGACGCUCGUUCAGUGGAUGGCCCCAGAAGAGGAGGCCAGAUGGAAACUGGGUCACAUGACCGCCUCGAGGAAGGCGGUUUGCUGAGCCUGGAACUGACCAAUGGGGUGAGCCGGCAUCCCAGGGACACCCAUGAGGAGGGUGGAGCUGGCCUUGAGCCCCAGAGGGAGCCCCAGCGGUCAAGGAGUGUUUCCCCAGGACAGGGCUGUGUACCUGGGCACAGCAAAGCCACCCAACCCCAUCAGCAGCAGCAUUGCAAUGGCUGGAGCAGUACUGGUAGGACUCUUGGGAAGCCUGUCCAUGAGGCAGACAUGGAGGUUGCACGCAACCUGGUAGCCUUCUCAGCCAGUGUGAGUGUGGGCUCCCUGCCCCCCUCAGGUCACCUUGAGCCCCAGUCCCACACCGCCCAGCUGUAUGAGAAGUUCAACCAGGAGAUGGGAACUGGUGAGGGGGCUGCGGCUCAAGCCAGACUCCAAGCACCAGAAGGAGGAAACCAGGCUAGCCCCCCAGAGGACCUGAACACCCUGCAGAAUGCCCUGAGCCAGGCGCGGCACGGCUACAAGCCCCCCAACUGUGACUGUGAUGGGCCAGACUGCCCGGACUACCUGGAGUGGCUAGAGAAGAGGAUCAAACAGAGAGGGGCAGGGGAGGAGCGGGACAACAACAUGCCCUGCUCCAAGAUGACCGCUGACACGCCGCCUCAUCAACAGCCCCCACACUCACAGCAGCCCCCCCACCCCCAACCCUAUGUCAAUGGAGGUAACCCUCCCUCCUGUCCACCACUACACCCACAUCAACAGGGACAACAUCCAGCCCCUAUCCCCUGCUCCCCUCAGGUCCUCUCGAUCGCCAAGGAGAAGAACGUCAGUCUGCAGACGGCUAUUGCCAUCGAGGCCCUGACCCAGCUGUCUGCCACUGUCCCCCAGACCGUGGUCCCUCCUGCCCAGGCCUCCUCCACCAGCCAACCUCAACACCACCCCCAAGCUCUACACCUCCAGCACGGCACCCGCCUGGUCCCCUCCUCCCCCAACCCUCUCUCCUCUUUGUCCUCCUCGCGUUCACAAUCCGUCCCUCCUGGACUAUACCCCCAGCUCCAGCAGAGCCCUGUGUCGUGGGAGCAGCAGCACAGACCCCAGUCCCAUGGCCAUCCGGCCCACGCCUCCCCUCUCCCGUCCUCCACUUCACCCUUCCCCGGGAAGCCCCAGGCAGGCAGCCUCCUGCCUCACCACCAGCAGUGGCAGCAGCAGCAGCAGCAGGGCCCUGGGGGAUCCCAAGAGCAGAGGAACCAGUGGAUAAACUCAGAUUCCCAGCAGCCUCUCUUCGCCCCUCCGUCCGGUGGCCACAGCACUGGCGACCCCAUGUCCGAGCUCAAACAGCUACUGGGGGACUCCGGCGGAAAGUACAUAAACGGCCCCUUCAAGUUGCCCGUCCCACAGCACCACAUCAAGCAGGAACUAGGGAUGCCUCGGGUCAAGCAGGAGGUAGACUCCGGGGAGUACCAGAGCUCUGCCUGCGCCUCCAUGGGGGGCUGCUACAGCUUGAUAAAUGGCCAGCAGCAGCUUGGGUACCCUGGUCCACCUCUCUCCCCGGGCAGCGCAGCCAUCCGCCACUCCACCCAGACAGCUCUGCAGCAGCACCUUCACCACAAGAGGAACCUCUUCUCCAACUCUCCUGGCCUCCCAGGCCUCUGCCCUCUGCGGCCCGCCAAGGCCUGCCAGAACCUCCGCAAGUGGUGGCCCCAACAGAUGGGCCCUGAGGGCCACCCCGUCCCCGUGGCCAUCAAGCAGGAGCCCAAGGAGACCAAGAGGAGGAAGAGCACAGCGGGGACAUCUCCGCUCCUCAAGCAGCACCCAGGGGGUGGGAUGCUGCUCCAGCCAGGCCCCAAACCCAAGACGAUAGUCAUCAAGAAGACCAAGCAGAAGGUCUCCCUGCCAACCUUCCUGCCUCACAGACAGAUUUCCAUACAGAAACCGUCUCCCCUCACCAUUACCGGAGCCCUGCCUCUGGCCAGCGCCCACCUAGGUUCUCUCCCUCUCCCUACCUUCCCCCUCCUCAGUAACCCCACUCAGGCUGCCGCAGGCCUCCCUGCCCCAGCCCAAUCUCAGGUAUCCAUUUUAAACUCUUCUAUUGCACCCUCUGUCGCUCCUUCUGCCUUGUCUGUAAACACUCCAGACUUCUCAACCCCUCAGCCUCUCCCUGUAGCCCUGGACAUCCCAGCAAGCUCAGCGGAGGCCAGCGCCACACAGACCUCCACCACCUCUCAAUCCAUACCAGGCCUCAGUUACCUGGACCCCAAGUUCGAGGAGCUGAUCUGCCAGUUUGAGGCAGAGUUCGGGGACAGUUCAUCCUCGGCCCCAGAGCCCUCCCCUUCACAGAUCCAGAGCCAGGACCAGGCCCCUUCAGCCUCAGCCCAGCCCGUGGUGACAGAGUCUCAGCCCAAAGGUAACUCAGGACAAGCCAGGCACCCAUCACCAUCCAGCACUACCAUCACUCAUUCCUCCAGCGCUGCUCCAUUAGCUCCUACCACAGCCCCACCAGCAGACCAGGACACGGAGGUGGACAAGGAGGAGUCAGGGGGUAUGAGUAAAGUAACCUCCACCACACAGCCCUCCACUGAGAGCCCCAUGGAGGAGCAGCGGGAGGCAACCAAGCUGCCUCUCUCCCCGUCCCCACUGCCCAAACGCAUGAAGAUUGAGACCAAUGGGAACGUAGCUGUCCUCUCCACCACUGGAUUAUUCUCUGAUGAGGACGACACCCCCACUAAAGAUGGAUUCCCCCUUAACCCCUCCCUAAAAGGCUUCCUUGAGUCGCCACUACGCUACCUGGACACGCCCAUUAAGAGUCUGCUAGACAUGCCCGCCAAGGACCUCCAGGCUGAGUUCCCCACCUGCAACUGUGUCGAGCAAGUCCUGGAGAAGGAUGAGGGUCCGUACUACAAUCACCUGGGCUCCGGGCCCACUGUGGCCUCCAUACGAGAGCUGAUGGAGACCAGGUAUGGAGAGAAGGGAGAUGCUAUCCGUAUUGAGAAGGUGAUCUAUACCGGCCGGGAAGGCAAGAGCUCUCAGGGAUGUCCCAUCGCCAAGUGGGUGAUUCGUCGGGGCAGUGAGACAGAGAAGUUGCUGUGUCUGGUGCGUCCCCGGCCGGGUCACCACUGUCCCAACGCUGUCAUCAUCAUCCUCAUCAUGGCGUGGGAGGGCGUGCCACGGGUGCUAGGCGACAAGCUCUACCGAGAGCUCUCCGCCACCAUCACCAAGUUCGGCAACCCCACCAGCCGCCGUUGUGGACUCAACGACGAUCGUACGUGUGCGUGCCAAGGCAAGGACCCUGACAGUUGUGGAGCGUCCUUCUCCUUCGGCUGCUCCUGGAGCAUGUACUUUAACGGCUGCAAGUACGCCCGCAGCAAAACACCCCGCAAGUUCAGACUGGCAGGAGACCACCCCCAAGAGGAGGAUCAACUCAGGGAUAACUUCCAGGAUCUGGCCACUGAGUUGGCUCCCCUGUACAAGCAGCUGGCCCCACAGGCAUACAAUAACCAGUGUCAGAAUGAGGUGACGGCUCCAGACUGCAGGUUGGGUCUGAAGGAGGGCCGGCCCUUCUCUGGUGUCACCGCCUGCAUGGAUUUCUGUGCCCACGCUCACAAGGACCAGCACAACCUCUACAACGGCUGCACUGUGGUGUGCACUCUGACUAAAGAGGACAACCGUACAGUGGGGGAGAUCCCAGAGGACGAGCAGCUCCACGUACUUCCCCUCUACAAGGCCGCCCUCACAGACGAGUUCGGCAGCGAGGAGGGCCAGCGGCAAAAGAUGCGCACUGGCGCCAUUCAGGUGCUUAGCAACUUCCGCCGUGAGGUCCGCAAGCUGCCCGAGCCCGCCAAGUCCUGCCGCCAGCGCCGCCUGGACGCUAAGAACCGCGCCUCGGAGAAGAAGAAGGCCAAGCAGCAGCUGCCCACGGAGACGCCGGAUAAGACGGUGAUCAAGACGGAGGUCCGGCACGCUGGCUCCCCUGUCAGACAGCACGGCAAUAAAGUGAUCACUAAGCAGGAGGUGAAGCCCACCAUAAAGAAGGAGCCAGUGGACCAGUGCCAAUACCCCUACCACGUCUACCCCUCCAACCCUGGCUACUACGCACUUGGAGGCCCCCCUUCCAAUGGCCAGCCCCCUGCACUUCCACCUCCACCAGGCCCUGUCAAUGGCUACCACCCCAAUCUACCCUCAGCACUGCCUUACGGCUACUACAACUAUCCCCCCAACCCUAACCCACUUUUCCCCCAUGAGCUCACUUACGAGGGCCGCAACAGCUCCUGGCUUCACGCAGGGCACAAUGCUUCCCCCGGCCCUGUGGACAAGAAGCCAGACGUUCAGAGCCUCCAGGCCAGGCUGGCACACUCCUAUUCAGGCCCAGGCCUCCCUGAGCAGCAGCAUGGAGACCCAGCCAACCAACACCAAUGCAACGCUUACCCACACCCCCACCAGCCUGACUAUAACCAAUCACGUCCCUCCUCAGUCUCCUCAGAGCCCUCCCACAGAGGGACCCCUGUCAUCAAGCAGGAGCCCAUGGAUGUGCCAGUGUAUGAGGGGGGCAAUACCCAGAGCUGUCCCGACACUCCCAUCCCCACCCCACAGCCUGAAGGGCCCUGGCCCGGGCACAAGCCCAACGGGAGUAUGGUACCAGGCAGCUGGGAAGGCAACCUCCAACCACCAUGCCCCCCGGAGGCUCCCUUCACUUCAGACAAGCAGCAGGUCCACCAGCAGGGACCUCACCAGACUUCCCAGUCUCCAUACUCGCAGCAUCAGCAUCCCCCACAACAGCCCUCCCCAUACCCCCAGCAGUGGAACUCUUACCCUGGCCCCAACACCCCCAAGGCCUCCCCUGUUCCCUCCCCGUCACCCUCUUCUUCCCCACACCCCGGCACCCCCCGCCACUGGGACAGCCCUGCUCCCAGCCCUCAGCCUAAGGCUUGGCCCAUGGGCAUGGUUCCUGCUGGGUACUGCCCUAGCCCCGCCAGAGGCUUCCCCGACAAGAUAUGCUCCAAAGCGGGCGAGAGUCAGGGCUCGACCCUCCUAGGUCUCCAGGAGAAGGCCUGGAAGUCUUUCGGAGGAUCCAUGGCAGGUACACAGUCUCCAGCCCCAGAGGCCUGCUGGGACCCUAACCGGGCCGAGACCCCGAGCGACGUCGAGAGCCAGAGAGGUCGCGACCUGGACGAGGAAGAGCAGUGGUCGGACAGCGAGCAUAACUUCCUGGACCCCAGCAUCGGAGGGGUGGCGGUGGCACCUGCCCACGGUUCCAUCCUGAUCGAGUGUGCCCGGCGUGAGCUGCACGCCACCACGCCGCUCAAGAGGCCCGACCGCUCUCACCCCACCCGCAUCUCCCUGGUGUUCUACCAGCACAAGAACAUGAACCAGCCCUGCCAUGGCCAGUGGCUCUGGGAGGCUAAGAUGAAGAUGCUGGCGGAGCGGGCUAGAGAGAGGCAGCAGGAGGCAGCACUACUGGGGCUGCCCUACGAGGACAUCAAACCUGGGAAGAAACGCAAGUUGGGGGCCACGGCAGGCGGGGCCAGCCCGGGGCCUGGCCAGACCAUGGAGGGGCCAGUGAUGGGGAUUGUGACGCGGUUGGCCACCACCCACCACACCACCUCCACGGUCACUGUGUCCCCCUAUGCCUUUACCACCCUCACAGGGCCCUACAGCCACUUUGUGUGAGGAUGGACAGACAGACGGACACACAGGCUGGUGGAGGGAGAGCGGGCUGAGCAGGACAGAGAUGAGUAUCUCAGCCCCUCCUUUAGUCCUGUGUCUCUCUCCAUCCUUCUCCUCCUCCUGCUCUGUUUUCUCACUCUGGUGCUCUGGGCUGGAAGGAGGGGGACUACUGGUUUGAUUCCUCUUUUUGUUUUGUUUGUUUUUUACCUCAUGUCAGGCAGCAGUUUGGGCCCGACCCUGGACCAGACAGACACACUGCCUGUGGUGCUCUUUCUCUCUCCUCUGCGGGAGGGACUCCAUUGCUUCUCCUUCUUCAUAGAAUUUUAAUGAUCCUCCUAAUUAUUACUAUUAUUAUCAAUAUUAUUACGAUUGUUAUUGUUACUGUCAAUGUUGUUAUUACAGGUAUUAUUAUUAUUAUGAAGAUGCUGAUUUGAUUUGUUUGUUUAUUGAUGUGGUUGUUUUUUCAUGUUAUUAAUUAUUAUUUUGUUUAUGUUGUGUUUUUUUACCGAGGGGUCUGUCUUGCUUUUUUCCCAUAUUUCUGUAAAUCUGCCCUUUUCUUUUUUGGGGGGGGCUUUUGAAAUGUUUGUAACUGUACUUGGAGAAAGGCCUUUCUCAACACGGCAAGGCUGUUCAAGACUGUCUUUCCAACAAGCAUGACAUACACAUGUUUUACAUUUGAAUCAUUAAUCUUGACCAAAAGAGUGAAGAGAAACCCACAGAAACUUCUCUGAACCAUCCCACAUAGUGGAAGGUUUUUAGUAACGUCCCCAAAGUCAAGCCUUUUUUAAACCAACUCCUGUCCUGUCUGCCUUGCUGUGAAGAGAAGGGUUCUUCUCUCUCCAUUUGUACUCUCACCCCCCGAUCCGCAUCACUCUACUGCUGUGGUGCUUCAUUGAUCUUUAUCCCUUUUACAGGGAUGAUAUCAGUCUCUCCAUUCAUCUCUUCUUCACGGCACUAGAUGCUGAAUAUAAGGGUGCUCUUAUAGCAUAGAUGUAGAGUGAGAACAACAGGCACUAGAAGUCCUCAUCUUCCUUCAGGUGUUGGUUGAGAGAUCUAUCCCUCCAGUUCUAUGGCUCCUGUGGGGAUUAGUGAGCGCUUUCUAUUUGAAGCACAAGAGGGCAGCAGUGACCCCUGUAAAAUGGUGCACUGAUACACACACAAACCAACUCUCACUUACAAACACACACGGGCACACACACACACACAAAGCUCUUGUCAUCAAGCCAGCACAGAGCAAUGCCUUACUGCUUUAAACCACCGAAGCAUGGCCGCCAAAGUCUGGUCCUUCCAAUGACCACAGGCAGCACGGGCCACGCAAGCCCUUUAUCCUGAAACCAGAGACAAUGAUGGGAAUAGUGUGUGGACAGAAAUGCACUCCUAAACACACUGGUGCUUUCCCUACACAUGUUGACACACAAAGGGCUCAGUCAGUGAGUCCUGCUUCUGCCUGGUGCUGUUAUUCGUUUUGAAGCAGAGCAAGGUUUGUCUCUAUGCACACACUGUCACGACAGAGCCAGUAAAUCCUUAUUCACCAAUCAUGGCUGCCUCUGCAUUGCUUGCGUGUCAGAGCCAGAGCCUGCUUGGGGCUCACUUUUGAGAUGAGAAAUUUGGUGCUUAUGAAGUGGUCGAGAUAGAGCUCUCUAUACCUCAACGUUGCCGAGAAACUGGUCAUGGUUGCAAAACGCUACAAACACACACAGGCACCACUGAGGUCAGAGGAACAUGAUAAAUAUUAGUCCACAGAUGUGCUCUACAAACUCAUUUUAAUCCACUUUUUUAUUAUUUAUUACAUGAUAAUGAUGAUGAUUGUUGUUAUUGUUUUUUGUUUUGUUAUAGCUAAUAGAAAUUGUACAUACAGAAGAAAAUAUUUUAUAAAAGCACUUUUAAUCUUGA